AAAAGAUACCUACGUUAUUUGCCAUUAUUUGGUUCUUCAAUGUGAAAUGCGUUGAGACACAAAUAUUUUUGGAAAUAUUAAAAUAUGCGUUAUACGAUAAUGUUUGAUUGUACAAAUUCUUGAAGACGUCUUUUCAGGACUACUGUUUGCAUAAAUGUCUAUUAUUGUGUUGAUCACGAUUUUCAAUUCUUACAAACAACGUUAAACUGUCUACAGAUGGCUGAUAAGGCUAUUAUGAAGCAAAUUGCAGAACAAAAACUGAAAGCAUUUUCUAUUGGCACAAUGGGUAAGAGACCAUUAAGUAAAAAAGAAUUGGAAGAACAACGCAAGAAAGAACAAGAGCAAGCUGCUGCUCAAGCAUUCGAAGAGUUUGUAGCAACUUUCCAAGAAACACCUAGUAAAACCACAAGCAAAGUUUGGGUGAAAGCAGGAACUUACGAUGCUGGUAAACGGCAGGAAGAUACAAGAGAAAAAGGAAAACUGUACAAGCCUCAAUCGAAAAUAUCGGAACUUGUCGACAGUAGAUCAUCCGCGGAACAAGCACAAGAAUAUGCGAGAUUGCUCGGAUCGAGCGAAAGGAAAUUGGAUAGAUUGGGAAAAAAGAAAAAGGAAGGUGAAAAGAAAAAGAGUAAUCUGGAACUGUUCAAAGAAGAAUUAAAAAUGAUUCAAGAAGAGCGCGAAGAAAGGCAUAAAUAUAAAGGUGUAGUGAAAACUGUAAUUUCGGCUCAAUCGGAGGAUCCAAUGUUGGCAGCUUUGAAAUGCGUCGAAGAUGGAUCAUUCGACAAUGGUGAUCCUAAUACCACAAAUCUGUAUUUGGGAAAUUUAAAUCCAAAGAUCACGGAGCAACAAUUAAUGGAAAUAUUUGGCAAAUACGGACCACUGGCUAGUAUUAAAAUUAUGUGGCCGCGUAGCGACGAAGAGAAAGCUAGACAAAGAAACUGCGGUUUCGUUGCUUUUAUGAGUCGCAAAGACGGAGAACGAGCUUUAAAAAAUCUCAACGGUCGUGAUAUAAUGCAGUACGAGAUGAAAUUAGGCUGGGGAAAAAGUGUACCGAUUCCACCUUAUCCCAUUUAUAUUCCCCCUGCUUUGAUGGAAAUCACACAACCACCACCUCCAUCUGGUCUUCCAUUUAAUGCUCAACCUCAUCGUCGUGACAGACACAAGGUACCUCGAAUUCGCAAUCUACAAACUGCAGAUACUCAAGAGAAGGAAAACUUUGAAAAGGUUUUGCAGAACGCAGUGGUCAAAGUGGUUAUUCCAACAGAGAGAAACUUAGUAAUGUUAAUACAUAGAAUGGUAGAAUUUGUGAUAAGAGAAGGUCCAAUGUUCGAAGCAAUGAUAAUGAAUCGAGAACUGAAUAAUCCAAUGUUUAGAUUUCUGUUCGAAAAUUAUUCUCCCGCGCACACGUAUUACCGAUGGAAGUUAUAUUCCAUAUUACAAGGUGAUGGACAAAAGGAAUGGCGCAUUGAAGAUUUUAGAAUGUUUAAAGGUGGAAGUGUAUGGAGACCACCGCCAAUCAAUCCGUGGACACAAGGAAUGCCUGAUGAAUUGAUCGAAAUGGAAGAAAGACAAGAACCUAGAAGGGGCAGUUUAUCAAAUAGUCAACGAGAUCGAUUAGAAGAUUUAUUGAGAAACAUAUCACCAGAAAGAAUAAAGGUUGCAGAAGCGAUGGUAUUUUGUAUAGAGCAUGCUGAAGCGGCGGAAGAGAUUUGCGAUUGUAUUUCAGAGUCACUGUCAAUAUUACAAACUCCUGUAAAUAAAAAAAUCGCGCGACUGUAUCUCAUAUCAGAUAUAUUACAUAACUGUGGCGUUAAAGUAAAUAAUGCUACUAUUUAUCGAAAAGCGUUUGAAACCCGACUAUUGGAUAUAUUUAAUGAAGUUCACCAAGCCUAUAAACAAUUUGACAGUAGAUUAAAAGCAGAAGGAUUUAAAGUUCGUGUAAUGAGAAUGUUUAGAGCAUGGGAAGAUUGGGCAGUUUAUUCGCGAGAUUUUCUUGUUAAAUUACAAAACACUUUCCUUGGUCUUGUCUUGAUGGAUGAGCCUGAACCGGAAAACGAUGAGGAUAUCGAUGGAGCACCUUUAUCGGAUGUGGAUGGAGAUGGUGCAGAAGAUUUGGAUGGAGUACCAUUAGACGGUGCUGCACUUCUUAAAGGAGCUAUGAAACAUGGUCUAACACCGCAAACAACAUCUAACUAUGAUGACAUUGAUGGCGUUCCUAUGGAUGAAGAUAUUGAUGGUGUACCUAUGGACGAUGAGGAUUCUUUAAAUAUACGAAAUAAAGAAGAUGAAAGAAAACCAUCAAUCCCUGCGGGUUUUGUACCAUCACGAUGGGAAACUGUUGAUCCUGAUCAGGUUGAAGCACAAGCUAUGACAACUAGUAAAUGGGAAGAAUUAGGUCAAAACGAUGAUUCAAAUUCUCAAGAUACUAGCAUGGAUUCAAGUGGUAGAGAUUAUAACGAGGAAAGAAGAAACAGACUGCGCGAAAUUGAAGUUAAAAUAAUGCAAUAUCAGGAUGAACUAGAAAGCGGUAGGCGAACAUUGAAAUCCGGUAUGACAAUUCAAGGGCAAGUAGAACAUUAUAGAAAAAAGCUGAUAAGAAAGAGCGAGAGGGAAAUGAAAGAUGUGAAAAGCGAAGAACGAGACGACGAAAGACGAAGGGAAAAGAAACGAAGUACAACUCCAGAAUCUCCGAGUCAUUACAGAGACCGAAGACGAACUUCAGCAAGUCCAUCGUCUAAAAGCAAUAGAUAUAGAUCUCGUAGUAGGUCGCCACGUGGUAAACGCAGAUCACGAUCGCCCUACAAAAAACGAGUACCAGUGACACCGUCACCGCCACGUAUUCGACGAACACCUUCGCCUUCCUUUUCGUCCAGAGUGUCUCGUAGGUCGCCGGUCAAUGAACGAAACGACAGAAAAAGACGUGUUAGAUCACCGUCAUUAUCACCGCCUCCACCACCGCGUACUUCAAAGCAUAGAGCCAAUAGUCCACCUUCUCCAUCUCCGCGUAAACAUAGACAUAAGCAUAAAUAUUAAUUUAUCGUACGUUGCGUUUUCUUAAUUGUCACAUUAUAAUGAUCUAUUAUUUCUGUAAUAUGUACAAGUUCAUAAUGUUACAGAAUAAUACUAUCAUUAAUGGAAAAAAGAAUUAGUUAACGCAGUAUCAAUUAUACAUUCAAUAUCGUAAGAAAUUCUUAUCUGAUUAAAAAUAUUUAAGAUAUUCUUUCUCCGAUUCCCAUUCAAAUUGAUUUAUUUUAUAUGCAUAAAUAUUUGUAUUUAUGAUAAUACGACGAAUGCGUGGAUGAGAAACAUAAUGAUAGGAUUUUUUGGAAUCAUGAAAAUCGUGUAUCCUUAUUCUAUAUUUCUAGAAUGUAACUGCAUUAAUAAUUAUUAAAAACAUGUACAGAUAUAAAAUUGUCAUUUUAUCCUUAAUUAUUGUACGAUAGCAAAACGCUUGCAAAUGAAAUCAGUUGC